AUGAAUAUGAGAAUCCCCGCUGCGUCGCCCUGUGGUCCUAGUGGUUUUGGCUUCGAGCUCACCUUUCGGCUCCGCCGUGACCCUUCUGAUCUGAGCCCGCCCACUUGGCCAGCCAGUUUGCUGCAGAGUCUGGCACGUUAUGUGUUCCGUGCCAAUGCUCAGCUCCGACCUGGCGAUCAUAUUCCUUGGCACUCACCGCUUGACCGACCACCACAUCUCAAUUCACAGCAACACAUCCAGUCCGGCAGUGGGGCGAACAACGAGACAAAAUCGGUCAAAUUAUCGUGUGAUAAGGAGGCUGUUGUAGGCACAAGCAAGCCGUCGAGUAUCCGGCACAUGUUGGUAGUCAGAGAUCCACAAUUGAAAAAGAUAAUCACUCCAUACGGAUAUGUGGAAUUUCUACAGAUUGUUGGCUUGAUGGAUGACGAGCUACAGCUAGUACAGCGCUGGACUGGCCUUCGUCUAGCUGGCCUUCUUCGAGGUGAAUCCUACCGUGAUGUUGGUAUUGAGGCCGUUGGUACUGCGGGACAUGUCGUCCACAAUAUUGACUCGGCUGAUUGUCCUUUACUUGGGACUAUUUCCUCAGUUGCGGUAUCAGAUUCCUCUGCCGAGUCUGCAGCAAACUUGGAAGCUUCCCUCAGUCUUGGCGGCCCGCUGCUGGUAACUGAUAUGCGUAGGCAUUCAUCGCUCUUAGUACUGCGUCCAGGCUUGGCCCAACUUGCAGAAGCGGCUGUCACCCGCCAAGGUUCCAGUUUGUCUGGUGUAACUCUCCGUUUGCUUGCCUGGCGGGCACCACCGUGUUCGCUUAAGCCAUCCGUCUCAGUCGGAAGCAAUGGCGGAGAAACAGGCGGAGCAGAGACAACAGGAUCCUUUUCUGCGAAGUUUGAUUGGAUAGCCAGUCUAAUUCCGGGCGAACUCGAGGCUGAAACUCAGAGGAGACGAACUCAGGUGAAUAUAACUGGUUGA